AUGCAAGAAUUCAACAUGAUGCUCGAAGGGAAUACAGCUCUCAGUGACCAUGAAGAGUCUCCCUACGAUCAGCCCGCCAUGAGAGCCUGUACCCCUGAAUAAACGCGAUGGAUGGAAAGAUCCAGUCUUCGAGAUCAUUUAAAGGUUACUGAGUCAGAAGGGCAGAAGGUUGCCAACUGCAUUCAUUGUGGGAGAAAAUUCUACGAAAGUAAAUCUACGGGGAACCUUUCAAAGCACAUAAGGAACAUUCACCCUGUUAAAUUUAGAUCUCAAAAAGCCCUUCAAUCAGAAAAUCACCCGAUAGGCCCCUUAGGAAAAGAAUUUCUCUCUUUCCCGUCACCUGAAUUGAUCAUUAGUGACUGCAAGCAUAGUCCUGGCGCUUUUACGAUGAUCGCGCUUUUGACCGAAAAACUAGUGCCGAUUUCGCUUGUCGACGCAGUAGCUUAGAAGUGGGGCAGCAGGGCAUGCCCAGACAUGUCAUUUGUGGAGUCUCGAACGACUAUACAUGCUAAAUUUGAACUCUACUCCAAAUUGCUUUAUGAAGCACUUAUCACAGCCAUGGGAAAUACAGACUUAAUCAACAUAGAGUUUGGAGUGUGGUUAGGUGAGAAUGAGCGGUCAUACCUGGGUGUUUCUGCAUCGUUUGCUCAUAACUUAUUAAAUGUGGAAAUACUAAACGACGUAGGAGUACAAGCACUUCUCAAUAACUUUCGAGAACCCUAUAACAGCCAUCUUCUAGAUGUUGUUGACAUUAGCGAAAUUCUUCAUUGGGGGGGGGGACUUAUUUAGCAUGGUUGCGACGGUUUUAAGAAGAUUUAGAAUUAUAGAGAAAGGUGGAUCCAUCACGUCCGACAACGCCAUCAAUACCCCGUCUCCAUAUCGCUUUCAUGAUCUUAUGAAACCUGUAGGGUCUCAAGAUAUUAGAGUGCUUCUCAACUUUCAUCACAUUCCUUGCGCCAACCACAUGCUCAGCAUUCUCUUUCAGAUUAUAGUGGAUACUUUAAAGAAAGAUGAAAGCUUGCGAGAUAGUCUGUUAAACAUCGAGGCUCUAGGAAAGACAAUUAGGAGAAUACCAUUUUUGAGGUCCGCACUCGCAGAUGCUAAAUUACCUAUGAUUCCUGCGGCUCCCGAGACGCGAUUGAUUUCAAUUUUGAAGCAGAUCUCCACAUACUUGAAAUACCACACCAAAUACUUGGAAUGGUUUGAAACGUUGAGGGCUCACCCAGGCAGUAAGCAUGUUCUUCCCAAAAUUGAAUCUCGAAUUAAACUGCCCAGCCAAACAAAGCAAGUUCUAGAGUAUUUUGUCAGCUGUUGCUCUAUAUUUCAGUUCCUUAAUAAUGGCUUACAAAAAGACGCUCUGAAUAAUCUCCCAAACGCCGUAACCUUGUACUAUACCAUGAAAGAGUUCUUUGAUUUAUGCAGCACGGCUCCGAUGGAGAGUAUAGAGCAAUCUCAAGAGGGCAAUUUUGAUGUUACUUUCAUCAAUGGAUCGCCCGGCUUGAGUGAAGACCUGAGAGUCGUGGUUUUGAAUGCUGUACUUUCUGCAAGGCCCAAAUUUGAAGAGUACUUCAAUCUUUUCGCCGAAAACGACAUCUACUUCGUUGCAGCAUUUUUAGAUCCAGCCUCAAAGCUUCACUGUUUCAACGACGUUAUCACAGGAAGAGAAGGAGAGCAUGUUUUACAAAGGGUGGAAGUGCAUGUCAAACACCAUUUCGCACAAUGCAGCUUUAGAAGCGCUGCUUAUGCCCCAUUUGUCGAACUCUCAACGAACACAGCGAAGUCAAAGAGAGUAAAUAAACUCCCUAAAAUUGAUAGACGCCAUAAAAGUUUGGUAAGAACCUCCUUCCUGGCGGGAAACAAGGCUUUGGAAGAAUAG